GAGUCUGCAUGCUCAUGUCCCGCAGAAUUUAGAGACGCGACAGAAGCAGAUAAGAAGCGUUAUUUUAAUAAGUCUCCAUUUGAAUGGACCCGUGGGAUCAAAAGUAUUUUAAUUAGUCUUUCUCUUAAGUUGGACACGUAUUUGGAUAUAUCCCGCGUGAUAAAACGCGGUAUUUCUCAGUUAUCCCAAACGAAAUGGAGGAGUUUAUGCUCUCGGAUCAGCCCGUUUCAUUUGACUAGACAGUCUCCAUCUGUCCCAGCUGCACGACAGGACGGUGGACAUCACUGGACAUUUACGGAUAGAAACUGGACGACACGCCGUGAUUUGAAUGCCUUUGCAGGGACUUUGCUGGCUUGUGUGCUGCAGACAAGGCUUCAGUUUGCUGGCUCGGGAUCAUGGGGAGAAAGAGGAGGAAGAGUCUUUCGAGUUACGCAAUCAGGACGAGCAUACACACACAGGACGGGGGCGACUAGAGGUCACUCUGUCUCAGCCCACUCGCACAGCCAAUGGCACACCCUGUCUGUCAGGAGUUCCUGAGGAGAAGAGAAGUCUCAUCACAAAGAAGAGUAAGAUGACGAUGGACGAAGACAAUGAGGUGCUUGUGAAGGGCUGGCUCCUGCGGGAGGUGCAGGGAGGUUGGCUCCGGCAGAGGAGGUUCUGGUUUGUGCUGACAACAGACUCUCUUGACUAUUACAGUGGUCCGGACAAAGAUGCUCGCAGACUGGGCACGCUUGUACUCACAUCCCUCUGUUCAGUGCUGUGGCCGGAUAAACACACCUACAAACAGACAGGUUACUGGAGUCUGACAGUGUAUGGCCGCAAACAUUGCUACAGACUCUUCACAAAGCACUACAAUGAGGCGGUGCACUGGGCGUGUGCUGUGCAGAAACUCAUAGACAGCAAAGCGCCGGUCGAGACGCCAACACAGCUCCUCAUACAAGACAUUGAGGAGAAUAAAUUCAAUCCAGAGGUUGUGGAGCACAUCUAUGAGCAUAAUCCCAUCCUGAGGUACACGCAGAGCCCCCUCUACGCCCCACUGCUGCCUUUCUCCUACGGCAGCCUCCACCACACACAUAUGACCGGUAAAGGCUACACAUCCAUCCGUGAAGAGGCGGUGAGGCUUUUUAACUGCCUUCAGCAGUUAGAGUCGGCCCGCGAGCCCAUUCCUCUCAUACAGGGGAUCCUCCAGACCUGCCUCGACCUCCGGCCGCUCCGAGAUGAACUCUACUGCCAGCUUAUCAAACAGACCAGCGUCCUGAGCUCACUUGUCCAGACACAGCCGAAUCCGCAGCUCAGAUACUGGCAGCUGCUGACCUGCAUGAGCUGCACCUUCCUGCCCAGCUGCAGCAUACUCAGAUACCUGCGCUUUCACCUGAAGAGGGUUCAGAGUUUGAGUGUGGACCCAGAGGUGGAGAGCUACGCGUCCUUCAUAGCCCAGGCUCUGGAGAAGACGCGCGGCCGUGAGUGUGUGCCCUCGUGGGAGGAGAUCCAGGGGCUGAUGGGAAGGCAGGAGAUACUGUGUACUGUGCACUAUCCUGGACCGGGCUGCUGCCAGAUACCGAUCACCUCACACACCACAGCUAAUGAGGUCGUGAGGAAGAUGGUGGAACGUCUUGGGCUGCAGGACAGCCGAAACACAUUUGCUCUUUUCGAGCAGAACACAUGCUGGGAAAAAGCUAUCGGAGGCAGCACCAUAAUCGCUGAUGUCAUCACCAGAUUUGAAAAUUUGUCUGCAAAAGAUCCAGACUCUGACUGCAAAUGCAGACUCUGCUUCAAACUGUAUUGUCUGCUGGACACAGAAAACAUCAGUACAGACAGCAUUGAGUACCUCUUCCUCUAUGAGCAGUGUCAUGAGAUGGUGGUGCGGGGACAGCUGCCAGCCUGUGAGGAUGACCUUCUUUCCCUGGCAGCGUUGAGACUGCAGUGUCUACUGGGGGAUUUCAGCGCCCUCUCGCCGUACCCACCCUUGGAGCAGCUCUUUCCAGCUGAAGUGGUGGAGGCCCGGGCCCUACUGGCCCCCGUCGAUCCCCCUGGCUGCCCUUCCUUCCCUGGGGGUCUGCUGGCUGGGACACUGUGGGGACACAAGCGGCGUCAGGAACAGGACCAAAGACUGAGGGCCAGACUAAGGGAAGAGGGAGCCGUGGUGAUGUCGGCCAUUUUGGAGCGCUGGAAAGCCCUGACGGGAUACAGUCGCAGGGACAGCAUGGCCGCCUAUCUCACCAUCGCUCGGCAGUGGUCGGGGUUUGGCUGUACGCUCUAUGAAGUGGACUUCUACAUCAGCUCGACAGGAAGCUUCUCUCAGAAGUUGUGGCUAGGUGUGGCGGCUUCCUGCGUGUCUCUGUAUCGUCAGGGUGACGCUGAAGCGUUGGAGUCUCUGCCGAUUGGUCAGAUCUGUUCCUAUGGAGUCUCUGAUAGCAACACAUUCAGGAUCACUGCAGGAGACAGAGAUCUGCUCUUCGAGACCUCCAAGCUGACUGAGAUCAUGCAGCUGAUGAAUGCUUACUUCAGUGCCACCCGUCGCCAGCUGGGCAAGGAUGACUGCAUCUCCAUGGAGACAAACCCUAAGCUCCACCCCUCCCUACUUGAGCUCCCCUCUCACCCGGUGUGAAGAGAGAUGGACUCGCGCUCACCCACACGCACACACUGACUCUGACUGAUGUACACGUGCAUAUGCAGUCCUGACCGACUGAGAGGAGCAGAUGCUGUGGAAAUAGAAGAGGAGUGGAAGGUGUCCAGGGAGCCACAAACAGGAGAGCAGGUUCAGGAACUCACUCGCUACACCACCAGCCAAAUCCAGAAAGAACACGGGGCCCUCCGCUGGCCCUGAUUCCUCCAAAAUCACAGAGAGCAUAAUAGCCCGACUUCAGACAGACAAAAAUCAUUUUCUGAAGUAGUAUUUUUGCCUUGUUUUUUAGUGUUAGAAUAUUUAAACAUCCUUAAAACAACAUUAAUUUAUUUGUACUUAUUUUGAACAAUUAAGAUACAUUUAAUUAUCCUUAAAUUCAUCAAGUAUUAUGACUAAUUUUAAGAUUAACUUCAAAGAAUUUAUCUCAAAUUGAGUUACAUUUUCUUAUUUUGCUUCUCAUGUAAAUUUACCUUGUUUAAAGGAUGUUUUUAUGUUUUAUUGGAAAAUAUGACAAAAAUACAGAUUCUAUUUUGCAGCGAUGUCUUUAUAUUGCACUACAGGAAGACACAAAUAUGCUGGCGUUGUACUCAAGAAAACACUUGCUCUGCUUUACACGUUCCUUUCCAGACUCCUGCCUGGAUCGUCAUUAAACUCAUUCAUCAAACCAUACAUGACCUUAAAAUGAAAUCAGGUGCAAGUCUCUUUCACGUCGACCUUCAAAACGGUCCAUUACUGACCAACAGUGGUGCGUGUGUGUGUGCGAGAGACAGACUUGAACAUUUGAAGCUGUAGAAACCAAAGGACCUUUAGCUCGUCUCUAUGAUAUGAGUGUAAUUGUGAAAUGCUUUGAGCCUGACCUGGUGCUGCUUGACUGUGCUGUUAGCUUACAGUAACUCUGCAUUGUGCGUCCUUUAACCAUUGAGAGCCUCAGAUCUUUAGAUCCGGUUAAAACCAACUAAGACACACAUUUGCAGUCUGGUGCCUGUGAAGGGAAAUGACAUUCAACAACAAAAAACCCCCCAGACAAUUUUGGUUGAAACCAUGUUUCCAAGACCUCUCAACACAUUUUCAAACACUGAAAAUAGACAAAUAAUCAACACUAUUGAUAUGCAACAUUGUCCAUCCCAUAUGGUAAAGACAUUUCUGUAGUUCAACCAAAAAUGAAAAAUUCAUUCACUCUCCUUCAUGUUGUUCCAAGCCUGUUUUGUCUGUUUUGUCAUCUUGAUGAACACAAAAUUAUUAAAGUAAAUGGGGUCCAAAACAACAUUAAUGUGCAUCCCUUUGACUUUUAUUGUAUGAAAAGAAAAAAGUAAAAACACCAAGACUGCUUCAAUGUUCCACACAAUAACGAACGUCAUACAGGUUUAGAACAACAUGAAAUUGUGUAAAUGAAUUAUAUUUUUUGUGGACUAUCCCUUUGAGCAUAAUCUGUAGCCUCUGUCAGCUGUGCUUUCAUCAAAAGCUGUGCUUUUUUUAUCUGCUGAGUUCAUAUUGUCCUCCUUUAAUGUGUUACUUCCUACUAGUUUUAUUUAUGGCUGUCUGUUGUAUACUUUGUGUGGAAGUGAGUUUUUAUUGUCCUUUUUACUUUUGUUUUAUAUAUCUUUCAUAAAGACCUGUAUUUGUAUUUUAGUGCUUGCAUUGGCAUAAUUACAAAAGAGCGGAUGAUGUCAUAGUGAAAAUAUGAUGUCAUGAGGUUUAUUUACUUUUUUGGUUAUUUGUCAUUUAUUUCCCCCGUCAUGAGAGGUCUACAUACGGCAAAUAACUUUAUAAUCUCUUUUUGUAGAUCCAGAAGGAUUAUUUACUGUUUGUCAUAACCCAAAAUAAGAGUAAUUCGCCCCUUUUAAAUUCACAUGGACCAAAUAUCUAGUGGUUGGGGUCAUUUUUCCCUUGUUUUUUCUUUUCUCUCCUUGUAUGACUGCCAAACUAUUACUGAAGCAAUAAAACCUGCCCAGUCUUCCUGAGUAUGAGCCCAUUUUCAGUAUGGGGCUUUAGGUUGCCUGAAGAGGAGCCACUAGUGCCUGUCAAACAGUCUGUACAAUCUUUAAUUCACCCAUACUCCAUAAUCAAGCUAAGCUUUUUCUGUAGUCAUAGUACUUACGUUUCGGUGGUGCACUAUCUUUGCUAUAGUGCACCUUGUCUACAUGAAUACAAAAGUGAAAAAAGUUUGAGAAAUGUAGAGGUGAAGGGCAAUCACAUGUUCAAUGUUGUUUAUUUUGGUUUUUGUUAGAAGCAGUGUUUUUUGCCCAAACUGCGUUCCACCUACAGCCCCAGGGAUGGCAGUAGCGGUUUUCACAUGCGUUUGUGUUCUCUUCAUGUCACUCUUUAGCUGCAGGCAGCUCCGCCCACUGUCAUACAUGUAACACAACCUCUGAUGCUUUAGACGGUUUGUAUGCUGCAUGGUACCUUAAUUAUGUUACACGUGUAAUAGUCAGUUGCACUAUUGUUUGUAUAGCUAACUUAAAUGUGCAAUAAUGCAAAAUGAUGAAUACUGUAUGUAAUAAAGCAGCACCAUUACAACAUCA